UUUGGCCAAGCCCACCGGGAGUUACUGGCCCACCUGGAGGCGGUGGCCUGGAGCCCCUACCGAGCGUCCCCGGAAUUUGGGCGCUUUGUCCAGUUCAAGUGGUUGGAGGAACAACCGGUGGGGGCCGACGCCUUCGUUGACUUCCGGGUCUUGGGCAAGGGUGGCUUCGGCGAGGUCUGCGCCUGCCAGCGCCGCGCCACCGGCAAGAUGUACGCCAACAAGCGCCUCAACAAGAAGCGCCUCAAGAAGCGCCAGG